UGCAGGAAAUCAAUUUGGAAGCAAAAUGACGACUGGAAGGCUCGCUACACGAAACUGUACUCGGCACACCGCGUGUUCAGCUUAGUGCCACAACAGUCUGAAAAAGAUGACCAGUGUCGCAUUUCCUUCAUGAGCAAUGAUGCGACUCCAUACGCGUCCCUGUUGAUGAGGAUGCGGGCGACACGUCGCGACACCACGAUAUACGGCGAUGAUGUGAGGAGUCCGCCCGAUAUCACCACCUUGAUGUCAGCACAGAGCGAUCUCCACGAGAGUUGUGUCAACUAUGUGCGAACUGAUGACCUGGGCGGGACGGAAACUCAACUCCUAGAUAUGGUGCGACGCAAGAGUCGCGAGGUCGAAGAGGCUCAAGACAAAACUCUUGAUUUGCCACAAGAUGAUGUUUCUGAUGACCCAUCAAGCGAAGCCUGCGUCCACGGUCUGAGCAUGCGAAUGACAGAACGAAGUGUCUCUCGAUCUCGUAUGUCAAGAAUAUCUACCAAACGCGAUAUGGAUAUACCUUCCAUUUUAGCCUUCGAAACUCCCAUUGUACCUGCCCCGGCACCCCUAGUAAUUCCUGGAUUCCAAAAAGUCACUCCUACCCAAAACGAGGACUUACCUCGCUGGUCGAUACGUCGAUCAAUUUGUCCGGUUUGCUCACAGAAGUGGAGAGAUAAAUCAUCCAUUAAUAAUGUGAAGUCCUCUGGAUUAAAAAGAAACUCUUCAGCUGAGUUUCCAUCAGUGAUAGCGCCGGCUCGAUUGAGAGCGUCCAUCACUAUGGCUUAUGUCCCUCGCCCUGUAGUGGCUGCCGUGGAUGAGAGUGCAGGAGGUAGCAGAGCAAUGCGGAACACAAGCGCUGCCUGGCAGUUAACGCGAGCUCGUCGCUUCCGAGUUCCUAGACCACAAACGCCAUCCCCAGAAGCCAUAGCACCACCAAGUUCCACCGCUCCGAUGGCACGUAAAGACUUGGACAGUCGAGUGAACAAGUUUCUAAAAGAUGAAGGAAUGGCAAAAUUUUUAGCUACUUAAUGAGGUUAUUUGUUUUACUAAAGGCGCUAGUAUAGCUCAAAGUCUAUUGACGAAUAGAAUACCUGUUUAAAAUUACUAACAUCAAGUCAUUAGUCCGUCGACUUGUCACAGCUACACUGAUUGGACUAAUAGGACUUUAAGCUUUACUAGCGCCAUCAUGAAUGUGCAUGCAAAUCGAUAACUCUCAUGCCAAAAAUAUUUUUGUACAUGUAAGUAUGAUUUCAUUGCGCUUGGACGGAUGGUUUUGAAUAAAAUAUUGAUAUUGACUCAAAAA